GAGACUCACAUCAGCUGUUAAAAGGAUCUUAUGCAACAGUUCAGAUAAAAUCAGAUCAGCUGGUUUAGUUGAAAGCAGGUUCUGGAUGUCUGCAGCGGGGGAAGCCUGUGAUGUGGAGUACAGCCUUGCAGAAGAGAAGGACUUCCAACAGGUCCUGAACAUCUGCAGCAGUGAGGACUUUGAUGGGCUGGACUACAUGGCUGCGACCUUUCACCGCUGGCUGCAUGAGCCUGGACGCCUCGUCUUCAUCACUAGGAUGAAGAACAGAGUGGUGGCGCUGGAGUCUGCGCUGCUUGUGGACGGUGGUCAGACGGUCGUGUUUCAGGGUCUCAGGGUGGCACCUGAUUUGAGAAGUUGUGGAAUCGCUGGCGCCCUCCAGAGGCACGUGACUGCCUACAUCCGCUGCCACUACCCAGAAGUCUCUGCUCUCAGGCUGAGCCGAGGAGACGAGCCUUCACCAGAAACACUGGCCAAGUACAGACUCGUUGCUAAAGAGGCCAUCUUGUCUCUGUGCUGCGAGGCAACUGACCUCGGCCGCUUCGUCGCUGAGCUUCAGUCCAGACUCUCCUGCCAGGCUGACUCCUCCCCCGGAGGUCCAGUGACUCUGAACCAGCAGCAGGCGGAGACUCUGGUCCUGACCGACCAUGUGGUUUCCAACUUGCUGCCCGGCAAAACCAUCAUCAACGACUGGGAGCCUCUGAAGCCCGUGGAGGCCAACCUGGAGGUGCUGCGCCGCAGGAGUCUGACAUGGAUUGUAGAUCAUGAGUUUGAGCCCUCAGCCAUCAGCCUGUGCACCGCACCGUACGCCGUCCCCUACCGCCACGACGCCCUGCAUUUCAACAUCAACAUCUUUGGCCGCAGUUUGUCUUCGGUCUGCGCCGUGUUUCUGGCUCAGCUUGAAGCUUUGCUGCCAAGUCUCCAAGGGUACCUGAUCUUCCACACCUAUGUGGACCCUGCAGUUUGGUCAGGGUUACGUCAGUUCUGCCAGAACAACGCUAAUGUGUCAUUCUUCAAGGACUACUGGGAGAACGUCAUACUGGAGAAAGACCUCUGAAUUGCCUUGGCUUCCUUAGGGGUUCCAGGGUAUCUUGAGGCUUGUCAGGGUUCCUUAAAGGGUUG